AUGAAUUCAAAAGAAACCUUUCCUCAACCUUAUUUCGUGGCUCAUCAAUGUUUGAAAAGAAGUGUCAUAUAUUUCUUCGUAUUAUUAAUCGUGGUAGGAUAUAUUUUUUAUGAUGAUGAUACAGCGAAAGGAAUCAUUAAUCCUAAAAAACAGACCAAUAAAACUGUUUCAUAUGACGAUCCUUCCAUAACUAUUGAAAUUGAUGACGAUGGAAAUAUUACGACAGUAAUUCAUUCAGAUAAUCAAACAAAUGUGGAUAAUAAUGUAUUAUUAAUGAGUGAUGAAGAGAUUAAUCAAAGAUAUUGUGGAAAUGAUAAAUGUAAAUUCUUAUUCGUUUAUAAUCAACCUGAUGAAGAAAAUUUGGCCAAUCAACAUAUGAGAAAUUUUAUUCAAUUAGCAGAAAAAUUAAAUCGUACAAUGGUAUUAACAAAUGUUGGUAAUUCAAGAAUUUCAUCAUGUAGAAAAUUUCCUUUUAAUUUUUAUUAUUCUAUUGAUUCACUUUUAAAAGAAUAUCCUCACGUUUCUUUUAUUACACAAGAAAAUUUUAAAAAAUGGACAAAAUUAAGACAUGAAAAACCAACCACUCAACAUAUUUAUAUUGCAAGAGGUGGAACAAAUUCUACUAUAAAUAUAGUAAAUCAAAAAUCUUCAAAUAUAGAAUUAAUUCAAAGGAAGAAUUGUUUAAAUCAAUUUAAUAUGAAAUUUAAUAAUGAUAGUAUAUUUAAAAAAAUUCGUACUGGUAAAGGAUUUUGGAUAUUAGAUGAAACUAGAUCUCAAUUUUCAAAAUUUUUAAUAGAUAAUUUAAAAGAAAUUGAUGAAGAAAUCAUUUUAUUAAAUCAUGAAAUAAGAAAACCUUUCUUUUCAAAUAAUCUUCCUAAAAUAGAAUAUUCUAAACGUAUAUUACAAGAAGCUGAUAGAAUAGUUAAUGAUUUACAACCUUUUAUAUCAAUUUAUUGGCGUACGGUAAAUGCUUUACCUACAUCAUCUCAAUUACCUGAAUGCGCUCAAAGGUUGGUAGAAACUUUAAAAAGGGUUAAGACAAGUUUAGGAAUUGAGAAUGUUUAUCUUACCACAGAUUAUCCAAUGAUUUCUUCUGGAAAAAAUCAAGAUUAUCAUAAAGCAAUGGAAAUUUUAAAUUCCACAAUAAAAUUUAAUACUUGGAUUACAAUGAAAUCUUUUAAUAAUCUUUUAAAGAAUGAUAAUAUUAGAGAGAACACAAAAGAAUUUAAUGGACGUGGAAUUAAUGGAAUUUUAGAUAAAUUAAUUGCUAUUAAUUCAGAUUAUUUUUUAACAAAUCCUCCAGAUUGUGGAAUCAAUUAUAAAGAUGAUUUUAUUUUGGAUGUUACAAGUUCAAGAAGUGAAUUGAUGAAUGAAGGAAAUCAAAGAUUAUUAAAUUUGAUUACUCAUUGGUAA